UGACUUAUCAAGGUCGUCUGGUAUUUGAGCUAUCCUUGCUCGGUUGUUACGCUUUGCUUCCGUUUUGCAAAAGUCAGUCCAGCAUCGGGUAAUUUUACUGAUCAAAAAUAAAUUCCGUCUGCAGUUCAUGCACAAUAGACACAUGGUCACAAACAUUUUUUACCUCGGUCAAGGGACCACAAAUUCCCAACUUUGGUACCUUGAGUAAAAAUCCUAAUCCUGGGCAAAUUUAAGGUUUCCUCUGUCUCAUUUUCUCAAAAUUAACGCAAGUUCAGGAUCUUCACUCGAUUUACCGAUAAGUCCCCUAUUCUCAGAAGUCUCAAGGUGUUCACACGCAUUAAGAAAAUCCUAUGAGAUAUUAAUAUGAAGAACUGCUCGCGGACGGGGUGUUUAUCCAUCGAGUCUUCAUCACUAAUUUUGGUUAAUUCGUCCAACGCUCGUAUUUCUUUUGAUUUUUAACCACAAAAAUAUUUGGGACUUCGGUGCUUAACUAACAACCAAUCAUCUGUUACAUUAUGAACUAUUAUGAGCUCACCAUUGAGCCCUUUUACAGAUUUGGUGGAUUCCUCAAGCCUAGGAAAGGUUGUUUACGAUGUCAGUGAGUUGGCUGUUUUGAGCUCGUUGUUUGAUAAAACUUCUAAGUAUGGGCAUGCGAAGUUAAAAAUAUUCAUUCGGAAUCUCAACUUACCCCCAUCACAUCCCAUACGUAAAAGUCUUUGGUCACAGCUUUUAUCCACCAAAUAUUCCAUUAAUUUACAGAUUUCCGAUUCAAGCAUCCAUAGUAAUGAUAUUUCAACAACCAGUGUUACAAACAUUGAUGGUUCAUCAUUAUUGGCUGGUUACGAGUUUUCCAAUCAAAUGUUAUUGCCAACUUUUUUCUUAAAUACACUUGGUCAAAAUUGUUUACGGACAAUAUUACAUAAUAUAUUUAUUGACCGCCCAGAACUUGUUUAUGCUCCACAACUAUGGCCGUUAACAGCAUUAUUUCUACACUAUAUGCCUAUUACAGUUGUACGUAAAUGUAUACUCACUUUAUUGGAUCAACCUGGUAUUUUAAUUCAAACAAAAUCUGAUUGGAAAGAACAUUGUUUAUCAUUAGAAGAGUUGGCCUAUUUAUGUAAUCUUUUACGAAGAGAUAGUCAGAAACGUACCAUAUUGAUGACUUCCAAAUCAAAUGAGAAAAAUGUUAGUGCCACCUGUAAAGAAGAUGAAAGACGGCUUCAGUUGGCCCGUUGGUGUUUAUUACUGUGGAAGUUACCUUUUGAACAUCUUGUUUGUUUAAUUGAUAGCUUUUUGUUAGAAGGACCGAAAGUGUUCUAUCGUGCUGGUUUAUUUAUUCUUAAAGCCUCCUUAAGUGGAAAGUAUUCAAAGAUUAGCAGUGAAACCAAUGGAAUCGGGAGGAAUGUUGGUGAUUAUUCUCAUGGGUUUGUGUAUGAUGAAGAAAUAUUCAAACAUAUCCCAUUGACACCAUCAAAGCUAAUGAGAAAAAUGUUCUCACUGCGUGGUGUGAGUCGGACGAAAAUUUCUCAGGCAAUCAAAAGUGUUCAGUCUCUCCAAGUGAAUUUUGAUGUUGACAAACAGCUAAUUCAACCAUGUAAUAAAAGCGGGAAGAAUACAUUCGCUGCUUACUUACUUGGUGGUGAUGCUGAAAAACAAAUUCAUCCGUCUGAAUGUGUAUCGAGUAAUGAAUUAGUUUCAAUUAUCACAUCGAUUGAUGAUCGCAAAUAUUCCUGUUUAUUCAAACCGUAUCGAGUAUUUUCAUCUAAUGUAGAUGGUAAUAGCCUGCGUACAUUUUAUGCUAAGGCAGCAGAGACAGAAAAUCCUGCAACAAUUCUAUUGGUACGUAGUUUGUCAAGGAAUAGUAUUAUUGGAGCUUUUUGUUCAGAUAGAUGGCAACCUCGUGUUGAAUCUGUUUACUAUGGAAAUGGUUUAUGCUUUCUAUUUCGCAUUAAACCUGGUCCAUUUGUUAUAUAUAGGUGGAUCGGAUCAAGUUCUGAUGAUGAAAAGAUUAUACAUUCCAUACAACACCAACGUUUUCAACGAGCUUCAAAUAAUGGUAUAGAAAUUGGUGGCAGUAUAAGUAAGGGACCUCCAGGUUUAAGCUUGGAUAGUUGUCUCACAACGGCUUCAAGUGGUCCAACUCUAACUUUUUCUAAUCCUUGCUUGAUUACUGAUCCAGCUGAUUUAACACAAACAGUUCAGUGUGAAAAUGGACAAAUUGGUUGUAUGUUCACUGUUGGAUUGGUCGAACUAAUUGGUUUUCAUGAUCUCUAAACCGUUUGAAAUUGCAUAAAUUAUUGGAUUUAUCUUCAAAUCAUCUUAUGAUAUUUUUUUAAAAUAAAAUUUUUCUUGAUCUGUUUAUUUAUUACAUCAUUAGCUUGUUUUAUAUAUGCGUGUAUGAGAGAUAUUUAUAAUUCUUUUUUUGUUUUUCCUAUUUGUUUAUUAUCGGUCUUUGUAUAACAUAUAUUUAUGUAGUUGUAGACAAAUACAUUUGGGCAACUAACUACCUAUUUAACUAUGAUCUGUGUUAAAUGAAAACAUUCCUAUGCGAAAAAUACACAACACAAAUGAUAAUGAUUAUGUAUAUUCAUUUCUUUUCUUUAAUUUUCUAUCACUACUUCUGCUACUACUAUUACUAUUACUACCACUAAUAUUCUCAUUAAAACCUAAAUGAUGUGCAAUUUAUUGUCUUUUUAUUGUCAAUCCUGUGCAAAACUCAUUUAUUUUAUUAUUUGUUUGUUUUUCUCUAGUCAUAUUCUCUUGCUCAAUCAUACCAAUACUUAUUUACUUGUUAAUAUUUAUUCAAACUAAGAAAAAUAACUGAUUUAUUUACUACUUAAUAGAAAUUUAUUUUAUUUGGAGUUUUGCAAACUUCUGUUUCUCAGUCAUUAAAAAUAAAUAAAUAUAUAUAUA